AUGUCGGCCCAAGAUCCUUCCCUACGCGAGACGAACUGGCCUGCUAUAGCUGGCUAUGUCGCCGCGCGCAAGGACACUUACCCAUUCAUCGAUCCCGCCAAAGCCGACCUAACGGGAAAGUCGGUCUUGAUCACGGGCGCCUCCAAGGGCAUCGGCAAGGCCACCGCGAUCAGCUUCGCCAUCGCAGGCUGCUCAAAGAUACUACUGGCCGCUCGUUCGGACCUGGCCGACGUCGAGACAGCCGUCCACGACGCCGUUAUAAAGGCAAACCGGCCCCAGCCAUUAGUGCAUCCCCUGAAGGUGGACGUGACCUCGGAGGACUCCUUACGAGCGGCCGCCGAGACCGCGGCAGACAUGCUCGGCGGUAGUCUCGACGUCCUGGUGAAUAACGCGGGCUACUUGGAGGAGUGGAAGCCUAUCGCCGAGUCCGAACCGAGCGAGUGGUGGCGGACUUGGGAGGUCAACAUCAAAGGCACCUAUCUCGCCGCCCACUUCUUCGUACCGCUGCUGCUUAAGUCGCAGACCAAGACCGUCAUCAACAUCAGCAGCGGUGGUGCCCACGUUAUGUUUCCCGGUGCGUCGGCCUACCAGACGACCAAGUUCGCUCUCUGCCGCCUCACCGAAUUCAUGGACAAUGAAUACUACCAGCAGGGUUUGAUCGCCAUCUCGCUCCAUCCGGGCGCCGUGAAGACCGAGCUGGCCAUGAACAUGCCCCCAGAGAGGCAAGUCGUCCUGACCGAUACGCCGGAGCUGGCUGCUGACACGCUGGUCUGGCUCGCCCGUGAGCGACGCGACUGGCUCGCCGGCCGAUUCGCCUCGGUGAGCUGGGACAUGGAGGAGCUGGAGCAGAAGAAGCAGGACGUUCUCCAAAGAAACUUAUUCAAGUUCCGCGUGGUGAUUUGA